AUGUACCUACCUAGGCUACUAACACCUCUGACAUACGGCAAAGGAAAAAGAGAUAACGGUCUUUUGAUACUUAAAGGCGAUGCCAACAAUGAUAAAUUGCAAAAUCCAGAAGACAUUGAAAAAGCAGAAGACGAAAAGCCAGCCCCAGACAAAGCAACAGUUUUACAAAAAGUUCGAACUCAAGAGAUGGGUAUAAAUGCAGGACGUGAUUUGUCUAAUUCGAAUGCACCAACAGUCAUUGACAAAAGGUAUGGUAAAGAACAUCAUCGCAUGAAUCCCUUACUGAAUCAAUUAAGAAGACUUUUUGAAGCCAAACGUCGAUCGUCAAACACUAAUCUUGAUACAGACAGUGAUGACUACAGUUCAGACGAGUACAUGAAAUACUGGCAGGACGACUUUAAAAAUCACUGGAUGGAAAAGAAAUUUGAAGCACUAAACUCGACCGUACAGAGAGGAGACGUGGUCAACAUGGCUUCAGCAAGACCUUGGGGAGUUCCUUGCGGAGACCCUAAUCAACAUGAUGUGCCCUGGGGCUCCUGUAUGAUGGAUGAAGAAUGUGACCCAGAAUACAGAAUAUUUCGAGGUGAUUACUUCUGUGGUAGAACCUCCUUCGUUUGCUGUUCUUUACAAUACACUACCUUCGACUUGUACCAAGGAUUAGACCCUUCGUUCGAAAGCAGCUUAUCAACAGAUUCAUCAGAAAAGACAACCACGAUGUCCAGUUACAAAAAACGUAUGAGGGAAAAAAAGAAGCGGAGAAAUGAAAGAAAUAAGAGAAAACGGAAGAUAAAGGAAAGCAUUAUCAGAAUAGUAAAAGAAAUUAAGAAGACAUUACAUAAAGCUUAUCAAAAUGCCACUGCUACGCGAAAGAAGAAGACCAGAGAAUUACGAAAGCUCAUUAAAUACAUAAAGAAGCAAUACAUCAAAGACCGCCAAUCCGUUGCACAUGUGCACGAGCUUGAUAUCGCGAAAGUUGACGAGAGGUUACAGAAAAAAUUAAAUCAAAUCAAAGGCUUUAAUGAAAAGUUUCUGGCGAAUGAGACUUUCAGGGAAAUUUUAGUGAACGGCACAGCUAAAGGACAUCUGAAGGAGUUUUUACGGACACAUCCGAAGUUGAGGAAGAUUAUAACUCAGAGACGUCAGGACGGCGGAUUGUUGGAACCAGUGCCGGAUGACAAGAGCUCUGCAGAUGUUCAGUACGACAUGGAAUACGGUGUACUUUAUUAUUAA